GAGCUGAGUUGACUCGAGACCGUAGGUCGCGUCUGGGAGAGGAGGGAGAGAGGGCUUCCCCGAAUGGAUUGACACAAGAAGGAUUUACGCUUUAAAUGGUGUUUUAUUCAGUAUGGCUAUAUACGUGUUGAUAAAAACACUAUUGGUAGAUUGUGUCAAUGUAUCAGCGUUGUAAAGAAGAGCUACUAACCAGCCAUAUUUUCCGAGUGAAACCAAUACAAUGAUCGUCAGUGUCUAUCAGGAGUGGAAUAUUAUUAGCAAUUCAGACAGUGCAACUGUCUCUCUGGUCCUUGCACAGGUUUUCAACAUGGUGGGAAAAUAAAUCAACAUAUGAGUGUCAGUGUAAGCCAGUAAUCCACUCUCAAAAAAAUUAAGGAAGAGAGAAAAAAAAAGUUGAAGUUGGAGCACAGCUGAGAACAACCAUUCACCUGGUUCCCAUGCCGACUGCCCCAUCUCUGCCCUCUCACAUCCUCCACUAUGCCUCCUACUCCCAAACCCCCUAAGAGACAACCCCCACCACAGACAAGGAAUGGCUGCAAGGUGAUACCCACAACCACCACCACCACCGCCAAGAGGCAGAUCUCCAACUCCAGUAAGUUUAGAGGAAAAGCCUUUGAGAGCCCACAGUCGACACCAAAACCACCCCGAAGAUCCACAACCAGGACCCAGGCCCAGCCGGCCAGAAGCCCAGGGAGGAGUGGGGUUGGCAGGCUUGGCAGUCAGGUCCCGGGGGGGUCCCCUGGUAGGGUUAACCAUGCCCCUGUGCAUGUAACAGGAUCAGUGAGGCUAAGGAGCCGGGGUAAUCCUCUGCUCCAGCAUGGGGUGGGAGAGGAUCCGCCGGGGCGCAGGAUGUCCUUACGGGGCAUGGGGUGCUCCAAGAAGUUUCCUCCCCUGACGGUAAAGCCUAGCAGGGGAGGGAAGAAAGCCAGAGGGAGGGGGGCGAGAGGAGCAAGGGGUCAGAGAUGGAGCGAAAGAGGGUUUGAGCAAGGACCUGAGGAGUCUGACCCUGGUAGUAUAGACCCUAGUAUGAUUGACCAAGAGAAGGAGGUAGUCAGCCAUGAUAGUGAGGGCCAACCUCUUAACCUAAGGACUGAACAUGAAGACCCUUCCUGUGUUGACCAGCAGGAACCAGGAGUCGGCCAUGAAUGUGAGGGAAAACCUCUUAACCUGAGGACUGAACUUGAUGACACUUCCUGUGUUGACCAGCAGGAACCAGGAGUCAGCCAUGAUAGUGAGGGCAAACCUAACCAGAGGACUGAACUUGAUGACCAUUCCUGUAUUGACCAGCAGGAGCCAGGAGUCGGCCAUGAUGGUGAGGGCAAACCUCUUAACCUGAGAACUGAUGACUCAGCAAGUGAUGACAAACAUGAAGAGUUAGUUGCCCAUAAUGGUGACGCGGUUGGUACUGACCCACACAAUAAGCCUUUCAGCCAUAGUGGUGAGGGCAACAACUCUGAGCUCAAUGACCCCAUCAGUGUUGACCAACAACAGGAAAAACUAGUCAAUAAUAUUAGUGAGGGCAAUUCAGCUCAAUUCUACCAGAGCCAUGAGCUUGGUGACUCUACCAGUGAUGAGAGGCAGGAAGUGUCAGUCGUCCCUAAAGGUGAAGACAAAGCCAAGAUUAACCUUGGGGCUGAGCAGAUUGAGAUGGAGCAGAGAGAGAGAGAUACUCAUGCAGAGGAGCAGAGAGGAGGGGAGAGGUUGGAGAAGGACAGAAAGGAAGCAGUGGAGGAGGAAGCAGUGGAGGAAGGAGAGAAGACUGAUGAAGAAAAGAAGAAAGCAGAGGGGGUGGAAAGAGAGGAGAAAGACGAGAGACCGGAGAAGAGAGAGGUUAUCAGUAGACCUCCAGACACAAGCUCCAGUAUGUCUGUCUCUCAGCCCCAAAAGCCACCUCUGCAGGAUGAUGUGUUGAUGAUGCAAUCACCUGUCCAUCCCCCAUCUGUCGCUGAACCAGCUACCUCAGACCUGGUGUCACCCACUCUCCCUCAUCCUCACCCGACCUUUACACUUCACCCCACAAUGUCACAUGACAUUAAGGUUCUGAACCAAGGUGCAAAACUAAUCCAACCUACCCAAACUGUUGAAAUCCAUAAACCUUUAAAAGUCCCAACUACUUUCCAUGAGACAUCACAGACGACCUCAGUGCACCCAGUAUCACUAAGUCUCUCAGUUGCCUUCCUCAGUGAACCCCACAAGUCCCUGUGUGUAAUCCCAGCGAACCCAGCACCCGGUCAAAGCCCAGAGAGCCCUGUCUCUCCAGAGGCUAGACAACUUCUCAGACCAGUGGACAAAGAGACCAAAGAGUCAUCCAAUCACCUCAAUGUAAAAUUAUCUUCAUCAUCUGCAUCAUCAUCGUCAGACCUGUACACCAACGCGGAGGUCCCCAUCACUGUGUCUGUACCUGACCUGGGUCCAUUGUCAAACAACCACAACAAUUACCCAGAAGAACCACCAUCAUCAUCAUCACUCCCAUACACAAAGAAAGACGUCUUCACCACUGGGUCUGAACCAGACAAAGACAUUGUAUCUGUCUCUGAUUGUGACCUGGGUUCUGGUCCAAUGACUCACAACAAGUACAACCAAGAUGAGCCACAACCAUCACUCCCAAACACAGACACAAGGUCUGAACCAAACACAGGGUCUGAACCAAACACAGGUAUUGCAUCUGUAUCUGUAACUGAUCUGGGUUCAGUGCCAAAGACCUCCUGCAUCCCUAAACAGGAGAGUUCUAGCUCCAAGUUCUCAUUCUCAUUCUCCUGCAGCUCUGAGAGCACCCAAUCCUCCUACUCCUUCGACACUGAGUCAGAGACUGGAUAUGGGGAACUUAGCCCCCCUGGACACCCUAGCCUUGACCUGGGACACCCGUCUCUACCCCGAACCCCACGGAUCAUCCAGAGGAGGGAGAGGAAGAAGAGGAGUAGGUGUGGAGGGUGUGAGCCGUGCCUAAGGAAGAUUAACUGUGGCCAGUGUAGCUGCUGUCUGAACCGCAGGACUGGACACCAGAUCUGUAAACUGAGGAAGUGUAUGGAGCUGAGGAAGAGGAGGCCAAUGUCACUGCUCACACUAACAUCUACACAGGUGGGGUGCAAGGACGUGGCCAAACCAGCAUUAAAGAAACCAGUUUCCACGGUGGUUCCAGAGGACAGCUCAGUUAAUGGAAGAGGCCCUGUCCAGAUGGCAGAGGACACCUAUAUGGCAGCGGAGGACGACGAGGAGGGUCACAUACCUCACACACACCCUCCCCACGUCCACACUCUUGCCCCAAUCCGAGAUGGACGACCAGCAGCACUUAUCAAGAGAGAGCCUGGCCUGGAGGACACCAAUGAUGGACUUCUUCUACAGCACCACUGCUCUUCUUCUGGGACUUUUCACAACGGUGCUAACGAAAACAUGGCUAAAACCAACGGUGCUAAACUGAUUGCUGGUCCGGAAUCACAUCAGUUGUCACCUGAGUCCCAAAAUACCACAAUACAAUUAGAGUCCCAAAGUGCUACAAAAUCUACGAACUCCAAAGGCAGCUCUGAGCUGAAGGAUGCACUUCUGGACGACACCAUAGCUGUUCCUCUGAAGAAGAUAAAGGUGGAGGAACCGUGGGUGUGGUCCACGGACCAGUCCUCCGCCCCACUAGGGGGCAAUGAUGACGAUGUCUAUGAGGACGCUCUGUCCACGCUAGCAGCCGUGGUGUGUUUCUCUAUCACAGACAGGAAGGGUCUGGAGGAGAAGUUGUGUAGCUCCCGUUCCCCGGUGCUACGCUCGUUCAAAACAGAGCCGGAGGACUUUAAGGUGGAUAUUUGCUUGAAAAGUGCUCCCAUCAGUCCACGAAAAGCUCUCAACAUUAUUGUCAAACGAGAGCAACCCUCUCCAGAUCUCUCUCAGCCAAGCAUCCAGUCUUUGGUAGAAGAGAGGAAUAUUAGCACUGACCAGGCUAUCGCUAUCGAGGCGCUAACCUUACUGGCAGCUAUCCCACAAAACUCCCCAGAACCCUUUAGAACCAACGCACAGGGUGAAAACCCCACCACACCAUCCAUGCACUUAUCCAAUAGAAACACCCCUCUCCAGGGCUCCAACAAAGUUCUAGUGAUCAGCUCCCCUCUGCACCAGACCUCAGUCAUACGCUCCCCUCUGCACCAGACCUCAGUCAUACGCUCCCCAGUGGCCAGGCAAGCUCAUGUCAUCCAGUGUCAUUCCCGUAGCCCCGCAGCCACUGGCAACCUGUCCCUACAGGACCUGCUAGAAGCCAGCUCGGACUGUGACAGACUUCCCUACGACAGCACCGAGAGAGCAGGACAACCCCUGUACAGGAGAGCAGACCAAGGCCUUGGUUCUCAACAUAACAGGGGCGAAGGCACUUUCAGACAGAGGAAAGACAUGGAGAGGAACAGCAAGGAAACAAUAGAGAGGACGGUGGGUAAGAGCGGGAGGAACAGGGAUGAGGAAGAGGUGGCGGCUCAACUUGCCGAGUUAGCGUUCAUCAUCCAAUCACGUCACAAGCAGCAGGGUUUCCACCCCUCCCAACACUCAGAGAACAACCCUCCCAGAGGAACUCCAGUCUCAGCCAUCAAGUACAACUACAACUCCGAACAAGCACCACCCAACCAAAAGAAGACCCCUGUGAAGAAACCCAGGACCACACUUUCUAAACCUAGGAAGAAGAAGGGAACGGAGGGGCUGGAAGAGGAGGGCUGCAAACCCAACAACCGUACCCCCCUGUACAAGCGAAUACCCAACGGCAAGACCCCCCACAGAGCCAGGGUCCAGAAGGUUCUGCCCCAGCCGAAGACAUCAUCGCUCAGCCACAAGAGGAGCCUGUUCCUGCCUCAGGCCCAGAUGGAUCUGAAGAGGUACCUGACUGAGGCUCAGGAGGAACGACGGCAGCUCUUUUACUACAGUAACGCUCACAGUGGGGUCAAAUACCACAAAACCUCUGGAGCCGUCGAUCGUGGUCGAAGUCAAGGUUAUGGUCAUGACAACCAACAGUGGUCGCAUUUCAACGGUCACCUGGACCCUUUACAAGGACAAGGAGUUGGACAAGGACAUGAUUGUGAAAGAGGAUUGUAUUCUCAGGUAUCGCAGCCCUACGUUGGGCAGCAGCACGGUGCUAACCUAAAGGCUAGCUCCACUAUCCCCAGUUUCACCAGCAUAGACUCUAACAACCACAGAACCGGUUUGAACCAUGGUUUAUCCAAUGGCUACUCCUCUGGGGGUCAACAGCAGGGAUAUUACAAAGUGGAGAGGUCCGGCCCGGUCACCGUCUUGUCCACGUCAGCUAACGGCGAUUUGGAUCUAUCGGAGGAGUCGACACCCACCAAACACAACGUGAACAGCUUCCUGGAAUCACCCCUCAGGUUCCUGGACACGCCCACUAAGAAUCUGCUUAACACCCCCUCCAAGAAACUCUCUGAGAUCCCCUCCUGUGGAUGCAUGAAGCAAAUCAUAGAGAAGGAGGAGGGUCCAUAUUAUACUCACCUUGGUGCUGGACCCAGUGUGUCAGCCGUCAGAGAGAUGAUGGAGAACAGGUAUGGAGAGAAAGGGAAGGCGGUAAGGGUGGAGGUGGUGGUGUACACUGGGAAAGAAGGACGCAGUUCCCAGGGCUGUCCCAUCGCCAAGUGGGUGAUCCGUCGGGGCAGUGAGGAGGAGAAGCUGCUGUGUCUGGUGAGACACCGGGCAGGGCACCGCUGUGAGAGUGCCGUGGUGGUGAUUCUCAUCUUGGCAUGGGAGGGCAUCCCCCGGGGCGUGGCAGACAGUCUGUACCAGGAGCUCACCCAGACCCUCUGUAAAUACGGCUCCCCCACCAGCCGGCGCUGUGCCCUCAACGAGGAUCGGACGUGUGCUUGCCAGGGUGUGGACCCGAACACCUGCGGCGCUUCCUUCUCCUUUGGCUGCUCCUGGAGUAUGUACUUCAACGGCUGCAAGUUCGCUCGCAGCAAGAUCCCCCGCAAGUUCCGCCUGCUGGGAGACAUGCCACAGGAGGAGGUGAGACUGGAGCAUCGUCUGCAGAACCUGGCCACAGACCUGGGUCCUGUCUACCAGAGACUGGCCCCGGAGGCCUUCCAAAACCAGGUGGAUCUGGAGCAGGCGGGCCAGGACUGCAGGCUGGGUCGGAGGGCGGGCCGACCUUUCUCUGGGGUCACGGCAUGUGUGGAUUUCUGCGCCCACGCUCACAAAGACACACAGAACAUGAACAACGGCAGCACUGUGGUUUGCACUUUAACCAAGGAGGACAACCGUGCGGUGCGUAACAUCCCUGAGGAUGAACAGCUCCACGUCCUACCCCUCUAUAAGAUCUCACAGAGGGAUGAGUUUGGCCGUGCCGAUGGUCAGUGGGACAAGAUCCAGACUGGGGCCCUGCAGGUGCUGUCAGCCUUCCCCAGAGAGGUGCGUCUGCUGGCUGAGCCGGUGAAAUCAGCCCGUAAGAGGAAGCAGGAGGCCAAGCUGAAGGCCCAGGCUGACAAACAGGCUGCAGCUCAGGACAGGAAGCCUGGACAGAGUCCACUAACCCCGGGCAAGGUCAAGACCGAGAUCACCAACAAAGGUUCCAAAAGCACUUCAUCAGUGGAUCAAUCCUCCGCAUUCAAAGCAGAGCCUCAGUCCUUCUACAGCUCUUUCACACCAGGAAGUGUGGGUGCCUACGCUCCAGAGUCUAACUCCCCUAGCCCUUACCACCACAGCACUCCCACCUACCCCACUCCUCCAGGAAGAUCCACCCCGGGGAUGGAGGCUCUUUCCUCCCAUCGCCCCGGCAUGCCUUCCACCCAGUACGGAUACAGAGCGCCACCAGGGGCCCAGUGCAAUGGUUCCCCCCUCCAUUACAAGACAAUGGGAGAGGAUGUAAAUGGUUACUCCCCAGGACUCAUCAGAAAGCAGCUGGCGAACACUGAGAGAUGUGGGACACCUGGCGACUACCCCCCCAGGACGUUUAAAAUGGAACCCAACGAGGUGCACUGCUCCCCUCUUGUCAGACCCCCCCACAGCCACAGUACUCCUCCUGCAUCCUCCUCCUCCUUCUCCGCCCCCCUCCCCCACCCAGAGGGCCUCCACAGCAGACUCAACGGGCUCCCCGGGGUGGCGGAGGAGAUCGGGGACGGGAUUAAAGGUCAUGGAGGUCAUGACCUCCCCCACUGUGCCACUCAUCUCCCCCUUCAGGCCCCUCCCCCUCUCUUCCCCAACCCGGAAGAGGUCAAACAGGAACAGGAAGAGGUGUGGUCAGACAGCGAGCACAACUUCCUGGACAGUGACAUUGGCGGGGUGGCGGUGGCUCCCUCCCACGGUUCCAUUCUGAUUGAGUGCGCACGCAGAGAGCUCCAUGCCACCACCCCCAUCCUCCGACCCGACCGCAGCCACCCCACCCGCAUCUCCCUGGUCUUCUACCAGCACAAAUCCCUCAACGAGCCUGACCAUGGCCUGCACAUGUGGGAGGCAAAGAUGGCCCGGAGGGAGCGGGAGAGGGAGGAGGAGGCUGAGAGGAUAGGGAUGGGCCUGGACCUGGAAGAGGUUAGCCCGGUCAAGGGGAAGGGGAAGAGGGGGAAGGGGGCCGGGGCUGAGAGUGUGGAGCCUGAGGAGGAGGUAGAAGAGGAGGGCCCGGAGGAGAAGAAAGGGGUGUUGAAGGUUCCUACCCGGCAGGCGGUGACCGUAGCGCGGGAUGGGGUGGUCACUGUGUCCCCUUAUGCUCUGACACAGGUCACGGGCCCCUACAACCGCUGGACAUGAUACUGUUAUGUACACACACGUACACAGGCACACAUUCACUCACAGACACAUACAGCGAUUACAUUUUAACACACACACACACCACCCUGUGCUACUGCCUUACCUCAAUCAACUUUACACUUCUAAUCUCCUUUUUCUGUGUUAUUUCAUUGUGUUACUUUUUCCAAACGUAUGUCUGUUUAUUUUUGUUUCUCUUCGUCUCUGCUUUCAAAGUGAUGAGGAAGAAUAUCGUUUGUGGGUUUUUAACUGUGACUUUUAGUGUUUGGUGAUGAUUUUUGGGGUCUGGUUUUUUCAUGUAAAGAGAUGGUGCUCAGAACCAAUUUUAAAUAUGUUUUUAAACUGGUUUUAAAUACAACUUGAUUAAUAAGAACAAACAAGAUGUGAUUAUUUAUUCUGACCAUUUUUCAAAAACUAUUUUUUUAUUUUAUUUCUUGAUGCAAGCCUGUUUACUGCAAUUUUGCUGUCAUCCAGCAUUUUACACUAGUAAACACUCAUGUCAAGUCUCUAUGGUCUUUGUUUCAGCCAAGAGUGCUCUUUUCACAACAUGAGUUUUAUCAAUGAUUGAUCAUGUAAUGGUGCCAUCUGUAGCAGCAACUUUCAAUAAACACACCACAUAUUACACAGUAUGUAAGACUAGACUACACACAUUUACUCUUGUUUUAUGUGAAAAAAAUGUACCCAUGUAGCAUGGUGCUUUUCCUUCUCUUCCCGUUCCUCUAUUGGUGGUCAUGAAGGAACUUUACUACCUUGUUUUGGGCUGGAUCGUUUUAGUCUUUUUGUUAAACGUACAGAUAGAUAUAUGAUGACAUAUUGAAAAAGCACUUUUUUAUUUUUCAUAACUUGAAAAAGGUCCCGUUCCAAUAUGUACAGAUAGAGAGAUAUAUCCGACAGCUUGUUUGAAACCUGUUCGUUUUUGUUUUUUUGUUGUAGAAUGAUUUUAUUCAACUAUGAAUUUGUAACAUUAUAAAUUGCAUAUCAGUCUCACAAAAAAACUGGCUUACUAAGCAAUUAUGAAAUGCUGCAUAUAAAGAUUGUGUCAGAUUAUGGUGCUUGUUUUCAACGACACUUAAUUUUUAUGAAUCUGGAUAACCAUGUACAGUACGUUCACUGAAGACCUGGGUUCAAAUACAUGUGCAUUUGAGUAUCUGGUAUUUAAAAAAAAAAAAAAUUCUAUGUAUUUGAGUAUUUUCAAAAUACACAGCCCAAAAUAAGUACUUAUAUUUGAAUAUUUUAAUGGUUGAUUGUAAAAACCAAAUUGAUAGUAUUUUCAAAUACUUAUGUAAAAUAAUAUUUUCAAAUACCUGGGUUAAAUGCAUGGGAAUGUAUUUGCAUCAGUGUAUUUGAGUAUUUUCAAAUACUUUCCAAAUUUCUAGAUGCAACUACUUGUCUUUUUAAAUAAUUACUUUGAAUGUAUGGGAAAGUAAUUGAGAUAUUUGAAAUAGUAUUUUAACCCAGGUCUGGUUCACUGUCUGAACUUCCAGAGUGUUUUAAAUAGGACUUGUCUGUUUUUGAUACAGACACAGCUGAAAAGACCACAUAAAACCUGUUCAGAAAUGGUGACUAUAUUACUGUAUGUUUCUUACAGUAAUAUGACAGCAUUUCUAUCCUCUCUUUUUAACUGACUAGGGCAUUGAUUGGCACUUAUGUUUGUCCAUAUACUGGGUAUAAAUACAUUAUACAAGUGGAGAGAAAACCAACCAAAUCCUUUGUUGUUUCUCAUUGCCUCGUCUUUACUCUUUGGGUGAAGCUGCUCUGACAGAAUAAAACACUCCUCGGAUCAUUUCAGCUGCUGUAACAGUGUUGAAAUGUUGUUAAAAACGUUGUUUACAUACCAUUUACAUAACUGUUUCACAUGGUGUCUGAAUGUGGCAUACAGGGUUGGGGUUAACUUGUGUCAUUUCAGAAAAAGAACGGUAAUAUUCAGAGAGAAUUUUCCAAUUCAACCUUAUUCAUUCAAAUUAAUUUGAAAAUCCUGGAUAUAAGGCUUUUGAAAUAGAAUCAACCUCAAUGCUUGUGACAUACCGUUUCAGGGUCGAAAUGUAGUCACUUUCUGAUGGUGCUAACUCGUCAAAAUGUGAUGCUGCACUGACAAAGCCUGUGUUUAUUCUCGGGGUGAUGUUAUGAUGCUUUUUGAAUGACUAGCAUUUGCUGUUUCCCUUCUGGAUGGGCAUGCCAUACCCUUGUGCUCUACCUUCUCUGUCCUGAAUGCAUUAUGUACUACAGUACUUCAAUCUUGUCACUGGUCAACUUGAACAGAGUUACAGAGUAGCAUCAAUUCUCUGCAUCUUUUCAUCAUAAGUUCUAGGUCUAUCAGGUAUUGAGUCAGACAGUAGACCUCUGCAGUAUACAGUAUAAACCUGCUUUAAUAGGUGGCAACCAUGUAGGGUAUUCAUCAAUGCUCACAUUAGUCCAUCAUAACCAUGUAAAUAUGGGCCCAUUCACUAAUACUGCAAUUGAUUAGGCAUCUGUUGUAUUGAUCUGUCUCAGUAUAUGCUAGCUCUAAUGCAGCUCAAUGCAGAUAAAGCACAUUUCACUGGUGCUUUCAUUUGAGUAAUACACAGAUCUGGAUAUAUGUUUUUUUAUGUCUGUUUUUCUCUUUGUUUCUCAGGUGUGAGGUUGUUCAUUUACCCAGGCUUCAACCCAACUAGGGCACACACAGUCUCCUAACACAACUCUCUUUCUUCCAAUAAUGUUGUCAACAGAUUGACAAAGUCAAACCAUAUACUUAGAUUUUUCCUCUGAGAUAAAUGUUGACACAUAGAUUGAAUGCAUUUUAUACAAAGUAGCUGCAGUACAUAUAUAGUCUAUUACAUUAUAUUGAAUGUAGGCCGUUGCAAGUUAAUAAUGUGGUAGAAAACAGUCACUUUAAAAUGUUUCCAGCUUUACAUAAGACAGUUUGUAAGAUAAUAAACUUUUGUAAUUGUUUCACUUGAAGAUUUCUUGGUUCUACCAUUAUGUGUGACUUGAAAACUGUGGUAACCUACAUGUACAUCAAUAAGGAAAAACUAGCACCAGCAUUUUAAAACUCAAAGGUUUUUAUUGGAAUAAAACUGUAUAAAAUACACAUUUCAUGUGGAACUGACAGUUUUACUGUACUAUUCAUGGUUUGUAGAUAACAGUCUUGUUAUUUUGCAACUGAUUGACAAAAUGACUGUACAUAAUAACUAAGGUGUAUAUCAGUUUGACAGUUUUGAGAAAAUACUAAAUUCAGCAUUCCUGUCAAUGGCUACCCCCUGGUGAAAUAAAGAUGUAUUUAUAUUUUGGA